AUGGAUAUACUCCGACAUAAUCGAUGGAUUGUCAUAUUGGGUGACCUAGGUAGUUCAAAAACUACUCUCCUUCGAUGGAUUACAUUUAUUUUUGCUGAAUUAGCUCUUAAUGGUCAUGAAAAACUAGUUUUAGAAGGAGAGGAUUGCAUUCCAGUUCGUAUUCCUAUUUUGGUUCGCAUCGGUGAAUUUGCAACGUGGCUUAAGCAAUAUCCAACAAAGACAUUAAUAGAUUAUAUGGGAGAGCAUACAUGGGAUUCAAAACGUUAUUGUCAUGAUGACAAUAAAAAUGUGUUGAAAGAGUUGAUAGAUGAUGGUCAUACUUUGAUCCUUCUAGAUGGGCUUGAUGAGAUUACUGAAGUUGGACAAAAAGGAGAAAUUGUUGAUCUUGUUAGAAAAUUUGUUGAUGAAUAUGCACGUGGACCUGAUUUUAUCUCAGCAUUUGAUGACAGAAUGUUUCACGGAACAUCAGUAGAUUAUUGUUGUCAUAAAAUUGUUGAAACACAACCACCGAGUAUACCUGGUGGUAAUCAGAUAAUUAUUACGAGUCGUAUUAUCGGCUAUCAACUGUAUCCACUUGUUGUCGAAGUUUAUAAUCAUGCUGUUCAAGUAGCAUUACAUUCUUGGAAAAGUCAUGAAUUGAAUAUUCCGGAGAGAGUACUAACUAAUUUUUUGAUCGAUCUUGCUUGUUAUCUUCAUUUAAAUUCAUCAUCUGGUCUUAUAGAUGAGUUUGAUAUAAAACAGUUAUGCUAUUUAAUCUUACAACAACAAGGUCUAUCAUGUAAUCAUAAAAUAUUACGUGAAUAUGUUCAUAAGUUGACAUCUUUACUUGAUUAUAACAUUGGUAUUUUUGCUGAACGAGGUUUACAAAUAUAUGAAUUUCUUCAUUUAUCAUUUCAAGAUUAUUUUGUUGCACGUUCGCUUGUAAAAGGUUCACCCGAUGAGGUUGCAAAACGUAUUCUUACAAUCACUAUUUAUCCUCGUUUUCAUGAAUCACUUCUUAUCGCUAUUGGUUGGAUUAGUUGGAAAUGGUCAUUUGAUGAUUAUGACAUAUUACCUUCAAACUCAGUCAUCUUUAUUACACUUAGUAAUAUACUUGAUCAUCCAUAUUAUCCAAGUAAAACGACAUAUUUAAUAUCAAAUCUAUUGAAAUUACAUGAAAAUAUUAUAAUAGAAUGGAUGCAAACACAAUUGAAAGAUGAAAAACGACUUUCUAAUUUUUGUCAAUGUUUAUUGCAGAAUGUUAAGGAAUUUAAUGAUAAAAUUCAAACCAAUCAGAAAUCAAUACCAUCUGCUGUUUAUCAAGAACUGUGGUUGUUACACAAUAUUAGUACAUCAGCUGAACUGAUUAUCGAUCAAACCUUACGAAUAAUAAUGAGAUCAGCUAAAAAUGUCUGA